AUGGACGAUAUAGCAUGUUUAAAAGUUGUUGGAAUUCUUACAGUAAAUUUUAUGUUUUCUGUCACAGUUUCAAAUUAUUUAACUGAUGAAAUAGGCCUGGUUAAGUCUCCAGUUACCAGUUUAAAGAUAUUUUGUUCCACUUAUGUCUUGGGAUAUUUUAUUUUGUUUUUUACCAGUGCACAGAAUUUUGCAAGCGUGCUGCCAUCUCACACGCAGUCGAAGGUAACGUUAAUUAAACAAUGUACUUAACAUUUUGGGAAAUGGAAUGUUUCAUUUUUGCCAGGUCUGGGGUACUGAUAGCUAUGGCCAGGUGGACAUCACUGAUAGAGCUGCCAUGGAUUUGACUAAUUCACAGGUGUUUGUUGUGGCCCGUGAUGAGUUUAAUAGGGUGAAAUUAUGUUAGGGUCAGGCCCAUUGAACUAUAAAUAAACUGGAAGGCUAACUCAGGGGGGGGGAAAUUGAAGCCAGUGCAUUUUAGUUUUUCUGAGUUAUGAGCAGAAAUACUCAACACUGAACGUUGGGCUAUAUAUCAAAUUGAAGCUAUAAAACGCUAUUUGGUGUAGAAAUUUCAAGACUUUAGCUAAAAGGGAAAUAUUGAAAAACUACAAACAUAAUUACCGAUAAUUUGCCGUUUUGCAUUUGUUUUUGUAUUUUUUAAAUAUUUUUCUUUUCGCUGAAGUCUUGAAAUUUCCACACCGAAUAGCAAUUUUCAAUAGCUUCAAUUUGAUAUAUAGCCCGUCGUUUGGGGUCAAGUAUUUCUGCUCAUAACUCAGAAAAACUAUUUUGGCUUCAUAAGAUCAUAGGCCUUCAUCAUAGCAGUUAGCCUUCCAGUUUAUUUAUAGUUCAAUGGUCAGGCCUGACUGGAAAGUUUGGAAAUUGCACGCUGGAGAUUUCCAAAAUUUAACAGUAAUUAAUAGAAAGCAUCACAAUUGCGCGCCGGAGAUAUCCGCCGUGCCAUACAAACUUUCCACACUGGGGGUCAGGCCUCGAAUUUCCCUGAAAUUAAUCGAUGGCAAUGUGUUAAAAAUAGCCGUAAAACGUAUUACAUUAAACAGUUGUCUACGGUAAUUUUGGCAGUUUCCACAGCAUUUUUUCAAAUUAACAAAAAGUUUAUUGUUACUUUGGAUUGCUCACAAGCUAUAGAAACAUGUUUACGUAUUUCUUUAAGUGUUUUUUUUUCUUCGAAGAAUUAAAACUGAGAGUAAAAUAGUAAUUUACGCAUGGUUUGAUCAACAUCUGAAUUCAAGUAUUAAGUCAAAAUAGUAACGCACAGUGAAUAGUAUAAAAAUUUCACUAUACAGCAAAAAAUUGCCGUCGUUGCCACAAUAAUCCACGGCAUUUUGUUCUCCCUGGUUAGGGUGUUAUACAGAGAUUACAAAAUCGGAUACCAACUUCACAUCACAUACCCCAACGAAUGCCUGUGAGGUAGUCAGCCCAGAACAACAAUGCUCUAAUGACCCCAACGUGCCUGACACCUUCACACAGAGGCAAUAAGGGACCGGUCAUAAAGUAACUGCUAGGGUGGGCUGGAGUGAUUUGGGAUUGGCCAUGGAAAAUCUUUGGGCAGUUUCGAUGGGCUGCCAAUUUUUUGGUAUGUCCAAGGUUGGGCCACCAAACAAAAACCCAUGUUAAUUAUAUAUUAUAUAAAGAUAUUAAUAAUAAAAGUAAACAAAACUAUUCAAAUUAUCAAAUGCAAAUGAUGCUAUUGAAGCCAGUAUUUUGUUUUAUACAACAACAAGAAGUGGUUGAAUCACAGCAAAUACAACCAACUGGAGGGCAGCUCAGUAUCGUAAUUGGUGAUGAAUGUGUUGGUCAAGCUUGGUGGAAUUAUGUAUGUCAAUACAGUGCAGGUGUAUAUUUACAAUGUUCAUACCUGCAAGUUUUUUUUAUGGUAAAAUUGUAAAUGUAUUCUCCCAAUUUAGAUUGGGUGGGUGGGUCAUGAAAUAAAUUUGGCAAGAUUAGAUGGGCUUUGAAAUUUUUAUCUUCAACCUAAGAUGGGUCACCAAACUUAUUGGCAAAAUUUGUGAUUUACCUCCAGCCCACCCUAGCAGUUACUUUAUGACCAGUCCCUAAAUUAUAUUCUUACACAUUACCAAUACACUCUGUGUUUUGAUUAGCUGCUGGUCUACGAAUAAAUCUUUACAUCAGAUAAUUAUGAUGUCACACGCUGCGCAGCGCUAAAAGAGGGGUGCGCAUGGACACCCAGUCGGCAAACUGUUUUUAUAGUCGGCCAAACAUGAAUUGGAUAUAGGAAGGAAGAAAAGUUAAAUAUCUAAGUGACACGUCUGAUUAAAAACUAAUAAUUAUAGCUUAAAUUUGGAGAAUUAAAUUUUGACCCCCAUUCAAAUAGGGCUAGCGCUGCCCCUGGUCACACCUACAGUUAAUAGUUUUCCACAUGCAUAUAUGACAUCUGCAGUGCAGAGAAUAAUCACAGUCCCAGCAAAAGCCACAUUGUUUACACAAAGAAAAAUUGCAGCUAUUAAUGCAUCCCAAGAAUUGCCUCGGUAGUUAUAGAAAACAUACUAAAAGUUUACAAAAACUAUUAGAUGAAAAAGAAGUGGACAGCACUAAUUAAAUGAGCUACAAAGACAGCAUUAAUUUAACAUGUUUUCCAUGAGUAUCUUGGACAGAAAAAGAUAAGCAAACGUCAAGAAAAAGAGGUCCUUGUUGAAAUCCUAAAGCUAUUUUACUAGAAAUAUUUUGUUUAUUUUGUAUAUGGCAUAUAAUUAAUAAAAAUAUAAAAUAAUUAUUAAAUCCUCGGCUUUGAUAAUUCUCGAUAUCACACUCAAUAAUUACAGUAUUAAGUAUUCCAUAAAUGGGGUGCAAUAUGGUUUAAUGCUUACUAAAUAAUAUAAGACCAUCUAUUCGUAUAUGCACCUCAGAGCAAUUUGUUUUUCAAUUUCAGGGACAUUUUAUUAUUACUUCUAUAUUGAAGUGGUUUAUUGGAGCACUUGCAUUUCAUUGUAUUGCUGUUCUUUAUGGUGCUGCACUUUUGAGGUAUUUAAAACAAUCACUCAUACGGUAA